UUCGGAUACACCACUAAAUCUGUCCACGUACACAAAAUGCUGGAGGAACUCAGCAGCUGAGCUCUCACAUCGACGUCCUCGCCGAGUGAGUGACGGAGGCGCACACUCGGUGUCUCGCAGCACACGAAAAAGUAAGGAUUUUUAAACAUCAGCUCCGGCAACUGCAGCGAAAGUGUGCAAAAGCUCCUGUGGACUUCUUCAUCAGAUGGCAAACAUUCACAUACAGAGCUCUUUCUUGUCAUUGGCCUUGAAGUCUUUGUGUGCCAGUCUUAAACAGUUCAGUCAGCAGGGACUGUUAAUGAAAGUCUUUCCCUUUCAUAUGCCUGGGUUUGCUUCUUACUGAUGGACCCAUUUUACUGUCCAUCCAAUGAGAGAAAACAGAUUCAGCUAGGGUGCUAUGGCAUCACAAAGUGAAGAAGGGUGUGAUAUUGGAGACUGGCUGUCUACUAUCCAUUUGGAAAAAUACAGAGAGAAUUUUGUCCAGAAUGGAUUUUACACAUCCAAGGACUCUGUACAUUUUAACAAUGACACGCUUCUUCAGAUUGGCAUCACAGCUACUGGGCAUCGGAAGCGGAUCUUAAAAUAUGCACAGCAGAGUAGCUUGACACUGUCAUGUGAUGAGCUUCCAAAUACAGCCCUGGGCCAUUGUGCUGGUGAGAAAGAGCAAACAUUGGAGAGAUCAAGCACUGUUGGUGAUUGGAAAGAUAACAUCAGUGGGAAUGAAGUUGUCGAACCAGAGGAAGCAGUGGUAAAACCCAUUCCCAGGCCACGGACAUUGCUGAAUAAACAGUCAUCAAGCCUCAAAUCUCAGACGGAAAUUGGAUCAGCAUCAACACAUAGUCCAAAUCAUGAGAAGCAGGAAGUGUUUUCUCCUGAUGAACCCUAUAUGGAAAGGCCUGAAUUGAUUGAGAAGGAACAGAUGCCAGGUGGAGAAAACACAGUCGGGUCUCCAGCUUGGGAAAUGGUUGCAAAGGAAGAGGAGAUGGUCCCUCCUGUUCCACCACGCAUCAACCGUGGACAACCUCCUGCUAAUUUUGCUGUGCCAGGUCCAAUAAGCAGGUCUGAAUAUGAUCCAUCAGGAUCAAAGUUUGUGAAUUCCAUCUCCAAGUCUGUUGAAAACUUACAGGACACGCAUCCUCUCUCCAGAGUUUCCUCACACUCGCUUCCCCAGAUGCCUUUGUUCGACGCGACAUUUACUGGGAAAAUGGUUAGCAAUGAGCUCUACACUACAGUGGAGACUUUGCCUGAGAGGAAUCGAAGCCAUUCCUUCUCAAUUUCAGGCUUGAAAUCUGUGGGAAGGAGACCUGUUCCACACCUCCCACCUCCAGUGACCCAACCUGAUAUAUCAGCACUUACAUCAAAGGAAAGACAGCAUCUAGAAGUUCACUCUGAAGAGGACACUAGCCCACAGCCAGUGCAGAACAAAGCCAAUAACUCCGCAACCUACGCCACCAUAGGAGACAUUCCAACACCUGGCACUGAGUACCCAGUGUACUUCAAAGAAGAAAUUGAGGAUGAUCUAAAAAUAUCACCAUAUGCAAGCUUCCACCUGGCUCCGGAACAAGGAAAAAGUAUUAAAUGUGACUGGUUGGAGAAGCUCUCACCUCAGGGAAGCUGCGUAUUUCAGAGGCGCUACGUGAAAUUUGAUGGGAAGACCCUGAUGUAUUUCAGCAAUGAGAAGGACCCCUACCCUAAAGGAGUAGUCCCCCUGGCUGUUAUACAGAUGGCGAGAACAGCUAAGGAAAAUAAAUUUGAAGUAGUUACAAGCAACAGAACAUUUGUUUUUAGGGCAGAGAGUGAAGUGCAGAGAAAUGAGUGGUGUACCCACUUGCAGAAUGCAGUCAAGGACCAUCACUUCUCCUCCGGUCGCCGGGUUGGAUCCACAGCCCUCUGCCAGAAGUAUGGAUACUUGGAGCUGAAAGGGAAUAAAUCCAAGGUCUACGCUGCCCUCUGCACUGACGUCCUCUGGCUGCACAAAAAUGAACAGACUUUCAAAUCUGGUAUUGGAAUCGUAACUAUCGAUGUGCAGGGAGCCACAAUUCGCGAUGGCAGCCGUAAAAGUUUUGAAUUAAUCACUCCUUUUAAAAGCUUCAGUUUCACAGCUGAAUCUGAACGAGAGAAGAAGGAAUGGGUUGAGGCACUUCAGGACUCAAUAGCUGAGACAUUCUCGGAUUAUGAGGUGGCUGAGAAGAUUUGGUCAAACAAGUCCAACAAAGCCUGUGCAGACUGCAAAUCACCAAAUCCUGACUGGGCGUCUAUUAACCUCUGUGUUGUCAUCUGCAAGAAAUGUGCAGGAGAACAUCGAGGCUUAGGGGCAUCUGUCUCUAAAGUACAAAGUCUGAAAUUGGACACAAGCAUAUGGACAAAUGAAAUUGUACAGCUUUUCAUUCAGUUAGGUAAUGAGAAAGCGAAUAGGUUCUGGGCAGCUCGAGUGACUCCAGGAGAGGAGUUGGAUACAGAUGCCUUGGUCGAGAGGCGGAGGGAAUUCAUCAUGAAGAAAUACAGAGAUGGGAUAUACAGGCAGUCUCAUCCUAAGUUUCCAACUCAAGAGGAAGUUAUUAAGGCACUUUGCACAGCAGUGAGCAGCCCCAAUCUCCUUCACACAGUACCUCAGAUCUUCUCUGAAGCAGAUAAAAAGAGCUUUGUUGACCCAGAUGCCUGUGACACAAAGUCAAUUCAAAGCCCUGCUCAUUCAUCCAGACUGGAGCGAUCAUCACAGAGAAGUCCAGACAUUCUAAGUUCCAACCCCUUGGACUCGGCUGGAAUUUACAGUGAGAUCACGCAACCUGUCAUUCAUUGUGGGUAUCUGUACAAAACAUCGGCCAUGACAAAGCUGCCCACCAGCAAGAAAUGCAAAGAUGAAUUUCAGAAACAGUGGUGCUCCCUGGAGAGGUCUCUUCUUUUUUAUGAAACAGACAAGAGUCCUGAACCAAUUGGCAAGAUUGAAAUGAGUGAUAUUGUCUGCAUAGGAGUGAACAGGCCACAGUCAAUGUCCAACUCCAUCCCGACAGACAGGUUUCGGUACACGUUUGAAAUCUUUUUGUCUUCAGAAAAGUUAUUUCAGUUUGGCACAGACAACCCUGAAACCCUACAGACAUGGACAAGCUCCAUAGCAAAGGGGUUUACUUGUGCCAGCCUGCACUCCCUGCUCAAUCAGCAGUUUGAUCGGAUUGGAAAACUGCGUUAUAAAUCAAUGCGGAAUCCCGAGCAAUGGAGGGACGGAUGGUUCAUGCUUAAGAAAUGCAAUCUCACAUUCUGCGGUGAAGAGGGCGGACAAGUGGAGGAGACCGUGCACCUGAAGAGACUACAGGAACUGACUUUCACCAUUCUGAAUGAAAACAGUGAGAAGAAGGAAGUGUUACGACUGGUUGACAAAGAACGGACGUUGUACCUGCAUGGAGUGACACGCCUGGAUUAUUCGAUGUGGUGCAGUGAUAUUCAGAGUGCAGCGGGCAGUCGGGGGAAUGCACUGAGUGACCAACAGCUGAGCAGAAAGGAUAUCCCCAUCAUCGUUGACAGCUGUAUUGCCUUCAUUACCCAAUAUGGGCUGUGUCACGAGGGGAUUUACAGGAAGAAUGGAGCCAAGUCACGCAUCAAACUCCUGAUGGAUGAGUUUCGAAAGGACGCCAGGAACGUGAAGCUGCGAACCGGCGAGCACUUCAUCGAGGAUGUCACUGAUGUCCUCAAGAGAUUUUUUCGAGAGGUGGAUGACCCAGUCUUUAUGACGGAGCUCCAUCCACAGUGGAAAGAAGCUGCAGAUAUUCCUCAUAAAGCCCAGAGACUGCAACAAUACAAAGAAAUCAUUCAUAUGCUCCCAAGAGUCAACAGAAUGACUCUUGCUGCCCUGAUUGGUCACCUGUACAGGGUUCAGAAAUGUGCAGACCUCAACCAGAUGUGCACCAAGAACCUGUCGCUGCUUUUUGCCCCCAGUUUGUUUCAGACUGAUGGGAAAGGGGAGCAGGAAGUGAGGGUGAUCGAAGACCUCAUUGACAACUACGUGACGGUGUUUGAUAUUGAUGAUGACCAUGUGACCCAGAUGGAUCUGGAAAACAGUUUGAUCACUACUUGGAAAGAUGUGCAGCUUUCCCAGGCUGGAGAUCUGAUCAUGGAGGUGUACAUUGAGACAAAGGCAACUGAUUGUUGCAUGACGCUCAAGGUAUCACCUACUAUGACAUCAGAAGAACUGACAAAUCAGGUGCUAGAUAUGAAGAACAUGUUAACAGGAGAAAGGGAAGUUUGGGUCACCUUCGAAUGCAUUGAAAAUGGUGAAUUGGAGAGGCCUCUCCACCCCAAGGAAAAGGUUCUGGAACAAGCUCUCCAAUGGUGUAAGUUAGCGGAGCCCAGCUCAGCUUAUCUGGUAGUGAAGAAACUCCCUGAAGAAGGAGGAAACCUUUACUCAGCAAAUAAAAGUGACAUUCCAAAGUGUGGGGUCUUGAAAUGUCGAGAGGAACCUCCAAAACUCCUAUCUGGAAACAAGUUCCAGGAGCGAUAUUUCGUUCUGCGAGAUCGUAAGCUGCUGCUAUUUAAAGAUAAAAAGAGCUCCAAGCCUGAGCGUGAAUGGUCUGUCUUCUCAUUGAAGGUUUACCUUGGCAUUAAGAAGAAGCUGAAAGCACCAACAGUACAGUGGGGGUUCACAAUUUUCUUGGAUAAGCAGCAGUGGUUCCUGUGCUGCUCAGGACAGUCUGAGAUGUGGGAUUGGACAGCUAGCAUCCUUAGAGCUCAGCAUGAUGACCUUCGACCUACAAUAUUAAGACGCCAUUCAUCGUCUGAUAUAUCGAAGCAGAAAUUUGGAACCAUGCCGCUCAUUCCACUACACGGAGACGAGAGCAACGCCAUCAUGCUAUCUGCAAAUCAAACUCUGCGGCGCCUACAUGCUCGGAGAACACUCUCAAUGUUCUUUCCAAUGAAGAUGCAACAUGACAUAUUUGAACAGCAACAGAAGGAAGAGGAUCCCAGCAGUGAGCCUGUAUAUGAAGAAGUCCAGGAUGUCAAUAUGAUGUUGUCAAUGAACCCAGAGAUCGCACCAGUGGACCCUACACCAAUCCUGGUGACGCAGAUGAAGAGAAACUUAGUUACAAACUUGCCAAUGCAGGACAAGUUCCUGCAGGAACUGAGUUCAGCCAUUCAUAGAAAGAAUGAACCUCAAUACGAUAUCACCAAGCUGUAAUAUACAGUGGCGGGUCCAGGGAUUCACUGAAUGAAGAUGGUGUUUAUUACAGCUGGUACACCAAUCUCAGGGUUCAACUGAUCUUGAGACCACCCUCAGCCAUGUCGAUGCACUGUGUAGUCUUAAUCGUGUAGAGUCUGGGGUGUGUUACCUUGUUUGUAGGAGCAUGAGACCGCAGAGUAGAAAUUCAUUCUCAAUCACUUGCUCUGAAUGAUCAUAAGAGUCACAAAGACAUUGGGACUGAAUUUUGGAGGGUGCAUUGUAUAGAACCCAGCCAUUGCAAUGUUGUACAUCUAUUGUAAAUAAUCAAGGUUGGAUAUUCACCAUAAUAUUUUUGGUUGCUAGGUUUUGUUUUGACGGUCUUAAUUAAAAUUUCGUUUAUCGGUGGUCACCGCAAUCACAGCCAUGUAUGGGGAAGGUGUGCCCAAUGUACCAUAGGCAACCUAUUUAAAGAGGCAGUUUUUCUUACAUGUGGUUUUCAGAGGAAGUCUUCACUUUCACUGGGAGAUCAUUGAACUCUGCCCUCACUAGUCUUUCACAUAUUUCUUAACUGCUUGAUUUGUAACCUUCAGCAAGAAGAUGUCAUCAUAGAAGUCUUUCGUUGGAUAAUUUUAUGUGUUGCAGAGGUUUCCUGUGACUCAUUUGUGGUAUACUCUCUGGCCAAUCUCAUGGAAAGCUUUGCUAUUUUCUAGCCAAGUCCUGACAGUACCAUUGCUUAAAUAUCCAUACACAGGGCUGGCCAGUAAAGAGUUUUCAAGAUGAAGGGAAGUACCAUAUAAAACAAAGGGCACCCUCCUUAUCGCUCAAUUUAUUUCAGUUUGCAGAUCCUUAACUAGCUCCAUGUUUCCCCUCUCUGCUCACUUUUGUGAGACUGAAAUGAAACUCUCAUCUGAUUUUCUUGCAAUCAUCCCUUCUCCAUAAGACUUCCCCAAAGAGUGAGGCCCAAGUAAUUUCCCAGCAGUAGUACAAGGCCUUGUAUUAUUGAAGUGAGAACUUCAAAAAUAAAAGUAGGGAAGCUGACAUGAAGAAACAAUGGCCAUGAUGCAAAACACCACUUGUAUUAAAGCAAUUAGAUGAAAGUUGAGGUAAAUUAUGCAUAGGUGAUUAAAUGAGUCUAAGCCCUAGUUCAGUGACCUGGUACAGGAAAAUCCCAAUGGUUUGAAAUUAUUAGGCAAUAAUGAGUAAGAAAGGGACUUGGUUUAAACAAAGCUAUAUUAAGCAUGUGCACAGACUGUACUUUUGUACCAGGUGAAAGAUAGUGCUGAACUUUUCUACAGGCACCCAACGCUACAUGGAGUAGAUAAUUGGACUGCAGAUGCUGGAAACUGGAGCCACAAAAAAUCUGCUUGAGGAAUUCAGCAGAUUGAGCAGAACCUGUGUGGGGGAAUGGAAUUGUUGACAUUCUGAGCCCUGAUGCAGGGUUUUGACCUGAAACGUUGGCAAUUCUUUUCUCCCCACAGAUGUUGCUUGAUCCACUUGAGUUCCUCCAGCAGAUUGUUUGUUGCUCCAGAUAAUUGGACUGUUAUACUUUCCUAACUUUUGAACUAGUUUUACCAAUGCACCAGAUUUUGAAUCUCUUCCUCAAAUCUUGUACUGAGGAGGCAAAGGUUUAAUACAUUAACCAUGAUCCUGUUAUCCGAAGAGGGGUACUAGGCCUUCGCAAUGCUGUCAAAAAAAUCAUGCUAAUUACAAUGACAGGCAGCAGCAAUUUACCUGUAUACACACCAGUUCAUGAAGAAAAAUCUGCUGCAGGGACCGAGUGCUGACAUCCAGAGAAGGGGAGUCUCAUUCAGUCUGAGGUAGUUUAUCUCCCCUUCUUCUAUUACAGAUGAAGUAUGCUCCUAGACUCAAUUUGCUGAAGCUUUGAAUAGAACUUCAGGGCUUGAAACAUUAAUCCUUUCUUUACUUGAACCACACAUCACAUCUCCAUGGACCCCACAUGCUCUGAUCUUAACUUACAAUUUAUUACACAGUCUGACUCCAGAGAGCAUGCUAUUUCCAUUCUACAAUUUGUAUUACAAUCUGAAUCCAUAAAGCAUGAUAUUAUACAUAUCAAGAAAAAUAUAAUUUCCUUAUUUUCUUGUUUUAUUCUGCAUAAGCUUGAAGAAGAGAGGGAAAUUGCGCCACAAGGAAAAUGUUGCAAUACUAAAAAUAACCUGAUGUUAACAAUAUCCUUGAGUGAGUUCACAUUCAAAUUUUGGAGCUAAUUUUGUGUCAAGGCACUCGUAUAAGGUCAGAGGGUGACAAGGAGAAUGAUUGCUGUUGUUAGUUGUAAUCCUGUUUUGCUCCACUGAUUGAUUCAUGGAUCUAGGAGGAGGAAGUGCUGUGAAUAUUUAGAAUGUUACUGGGUAGAAACAGAACACAGGAAUUGUGCAGAAGCAAUGAAUUUUUCUUGUGCUUUACUUCUACUUUCAUAUAUAGUCAGUUCAUUUGCCUUCUCCCUUUUUUAUUAAUACUUUUGCUCAGUUUGAAUAUGCAUUAAAUUGCAACGCAUAGGCUGCUAAUUGAUUUCUUUCACAGAGUAAUAGAGUCAUACACAACAGGAAAAGGUCUUUUCUAUCUAUCUUCCCUCUCUAUCCAUGCCAGCCAGGAAGUACCUAUCUGUGCCCUGAAAAUAAAAAAAGAACCGCAGAUGUUGAAAAUCUGAAAUGAAAACAGGAAAUGCUGGACAAUUCAGCAGGUCAGGCAGCAUCUGUGGAAAGAGACAGUCAAUGUUUUGAGUCUGCAACCCUUUAUCAGGACUUAUCUGUGCCACGACGUUUCAAGUGCUUAUCUAAAUAAUUAUUAAAAUUGUGGGAGUGCCUGCAUUAAAAAACCCCUCAGGCAGUGUAUUCGAGAGUUCAAUCACCCUCCAGAUUCAAAAAUGUAUUCCUUAAAUACCCUCUAAUUCUUCCACCUCUUUAACCUUUGCCCUCUGGUUAUACACACAGCUGCUAAGGGGAAAGGUUUCUCACUCAUAAUUUUGUACAUGUCAGUCAGGUCUCUCCUCAGCCUCCUCUGCUCCAAGAAAGACAAACCCAUUCUGUCCAGUCUCCCCUUUUAGUUAAAAUGUUCCAUCCCAGGCAAUACCUUGGUGAAUCUCUUCUGCACCCUCUGCAGUGCAAUCACAUAAAUCCCGUAAUGUUUCAACCAGAACUGUACACAGUACUUCAAAUGAGGCCUAGCUAAUGUUUUAUUUGGUUCUACCAUAACUCCCAUGCUCUAAUGUUCUGUACCCUUGCUGAUGAAGGCAAGUAUCCUGUAUGCCUUCUUACCCACCUUAUUUAGCUAUACUGCUGCCUUCAGGCAUCCUUGGACAUGUAUACCAAGGUGCAUCUGUUCCUCUGUGUUUCCUAGAGUUCUCUAAUUCAUUGUGUAUUUCCUAGUCUAUGAGUUCUCCCAAAGUGCAUUACUUCACAUGUUUGUUGAUCAGUGUUGAUUAAUGUAAUCUUCAGUCUGCAACAGUGUAGAAUCAAAGCUGUUGUUAAUAGUUUCAACCCAGGCAUGUUUAAUGCAGGCCCCUGCAACUACUGAGACUCCUAAAGAUGCUCUAUAGAUUUGUUAAGGCCAUUCCUUGAGCCUUAAGUAAUUUUACCAGUGAUUUGCUUACUUCAGGAGAGUUUCUGAGAGUUUUUCAAGAAAGUUUAUGGCAGCAUAACGUAACUUUGAAAAAGUUCAUGACCUUGUUUGUUUUUUUUUCAACUAAGUCUUUCCAGUGGUUAAACUUAGGAGGUCUGAUACUUUCAGGUUGCCAUGGGUUGUGAGCCAUUGGCACCAUUGCCAAACACAAUUAAGAUCCCCAGUUUGGGAAAAGAGAGAUGUAACAGGCAAACAGGCUGGCAGAUCUUGGCUUCACUCUCCUAGAGAUUGUUGUUCACAUAUGUACCAAGAUUUACCCGGUAUCUAUUUUGGCAAGGGCACCUCCUGACAUCUGCGCCCCCCCCCCCCCCCUACACACACAUACAAUUGAGCAACAGAAAAAUGCAUUAUAAGGAUAGUUUUGCAAUUGAUAACUAUGUCUGCAUGCUGUUUGGAAGAGAUGCUUUAAAGUUAGUCUGUGAAAGUUUUUCAUUUACAGGGCUCUGUGAGAGAACAGGAAAGGAAGCCUAUUGUCUGGCUUUUUUCAACAGCAACCAUAGAACAGUGGGCCAAGUGGUCGUUUUUUUAUGUUUUGAGCCUAUUACUAUGUACCAUUUGUUCUGGCAGAUAUAUUAGCUCUGACUAUUUCAUUCACGGACACUAAAUAUCAGUCAAGCAUGCCUGCAAUUCUGUAAUAAGUUGCCAGUAAUAGAGACUUUGGCAAUUCCUUCCCCAAAUUUGUUCCCUUUUCUAAAGGUAAUGAAAGUUCUAAUACACUCUUUGCACUUGUGAGCCCAGCUUGGCCACAAGUGUCAAGACUGGGCCCUUUAUGGUAAAUUCUGAACAGCUCAACAGUGGCCAAAUACAUUCUCAGCUUGUCAGUUUAUCACCUGUGGUAGCUGACUGGUGUUUUUAACCAUGCUCGAGAGAAGAGAUGUCAAUUGAUGAAGUUCACUUGUUUCUGCUUUCGUGCACUUCUGUUACAUUCCCAUUUGUGCAACAGGUUAGCAUCCGUGUAAAAAUAGCCAACACCAAAGUGUUUUGUGAGCAUUGCCAGUCACAACAUUCUGCCCUUGUAAAUAGUAGAUGAUCUUGUUCAAGUGUGAAAACAAAUGUAUAAAAAAUGUUAUGUACAUUAUAUAUAUUCUUUUUACCACUUGUAAAGUCUAUGCACAAUCUUUCUGUAAACAGAUAUCAUUAAUGUUUUUUCACCUUUUAACUUUAAAUGUAAUGAAGUUGAAUUUACAGUAAAAUAUGCAGACAUUUUCAACUCUAAUGUAAACAUCCCACUUGUGUAAAUAAUGUACAGUUACAUUUUUGUAUUAUAAUGUGGUUACUUUAACUUGUCCAGUGAGUUUGGGUGAUUCAUUUUUAUGCAUUUACUCAAAGAUAAGAAAUUAUAUCAGAUGAAAUGUAAACGCU